UUAUUUAACUGUAAACUAGGUUGUAAAAAGAAGUCAAAAUACAACAAGAAUGAAUAGAAAUUCUAAUAAUCAAGUACAGACUCAAACAUUUAUUCACAAACCCAUCAAACACUGAUACAAUCCUAAAUUAUAGUAAUCUUGGUGGCACAAUGCUUAGUCCUGCCAAGGCCCUGAUUCAAUCCUGAGCUCAGGCUGCUGUCUGUGUCCAUUUGGGUUUCCUCUACAUUCUAAAUUUUCAUCCUAAAAACAAGGAGGUAGGUGGACAGGCUACUCUGAAUUUAUCUGUGCUUAUGUGUGCACGUGGUUUACAGGGUCAGCCAUGAUACAGAGCAGAGCAGAGGGGGUUAAUGCCUUGUGUAAGAGCCCAACAAUGGCAGCUUGGCUCGAACCCCCAGCCUUCUGAUCACUUACCAAGAGCUUUAACCAUUUAGCCAUAACGUCCUUAUACACAAACACAAAAUGCCCUACAACUGACUGACCAUCAUAACUGGGUAUCUUCUUGCCUGAUCUACCAUGACCACAAACAGGAUUAACUGGCAGCAGAAAAUCAGUUAAUGAGCUCAAGAAAUGAUCCAUUAUGGAAAAGCAGCUCCAACAUGUACAGGUUUUGAUCCAUCUGCGUCUUCAGCGGGAGGUCAGACAUAAGAAUCGAAUCCUCCUCUAUGAUAACACGAUUUUCGCCUUAUACCAGUACAACACACACACACAGGCCAGAUGCAUUGGCUGUUUCACAAGUAAGAAGUCCAACAAGCUCAACUUUAAUCACCACUGUCAGUGAUGCCAACUUGAUUUAUGAGUUUUUAUUGAGAGGACUUGUGAUUGAUGAAGACAACAACGUUGGAAUACGAGACCAAGAAAUGGCAUCUAUGAAGCAGGGGCGGGUUUUCUUAAGCCUUAUAAAUGAUGAUAUACCUAAAACUGUGCUAGCAAUGGAAGAACUGCUGGUCAUGCUAGAAGAGGAGGAGCAGUCCUUUAAUCAGGGUAACUUUGAGACGCUUCUCCUGGGUAUCAUCUAUUCAGCCUAUCAGGUCCAGGACAAGAGGCAAGAAAAUCAGCAGCAGGCAUGGGCAAGUGUCCUUGGGCGUCUGGCGAAUGUCACUCUGGUUCAGCUACGCAGAUCAUGAAUUAUUCCAUACAAUAAAGAGAACAGUCUUCGGUCUUCAGCCGUCACAUAUGCAUGAAACACAAUAUAGUCAAUGUUAAGAGAAAAGUGGCGUAUCUGUGUAUGUUUUCUUUCUGUCAGUAAAUAUCAAUGAUAAGAUGAAUUCUAAAUAAUUAUCUGUUGUUGAUUGUGUAUCUUGUACAGUAGCUUGUAGCAACUUCUCCUGCCAGGGUGGAGUUUAAAUAAAAGUCCAAGGGGUAGAGUCAAUCAGUAAUCCUGUUAUAGACCCACCUAAAUAUGACCUAAAACAUCAUCAUUUGAGAAAUACUUUGUAAUAAACACAGUGGCAAUGGUACAAAAAUUGAUAAUCAGUCUCAGAGUUUGGGAAAAGGCAAAAUGUUCAUGCGGUCAACAAACAGACCUGAUACAGAAUUUGACCAAAACCAAACAAAUAAACCCAAUUAAAGAAAUGUGGAUUGGAUUCUUUAGUGUUUUCAUGCAUGCACAAAACAAAUCUUAUUUCUGGUAUGGAGUGAGUAGCCACAGUGACAUGCAUAUAAAAAUACAGAUGAAUUAUAAUUUACAUAUGUUCAAAUAUUUUAGAAACCUGUAAAUAAUUUAAUUACCAGAUGCAAAAGAAAAACAGGUCUUCCUAAAUCAAAGUAUGCAUAAAAUUUCUAAUCAUGGUUAUGAGGUUUAACUGGCUUGUUUUGUAGUGUAGUUCAAAAAGGACUAUAAAAAGAGAUAAAAUUAAAGGAACACCUUUACAAAUUAAAGUGAUAUUUUUGCAAGUUUUGAAGUGGGCUUGUAUGGGGUAUUUAUGCAUAGGCAGUGUAUCAAUCGAGCACAUUAACAUUCACAAUUAAAUUUUAUGUAACAGUAUAUGACCUCAUAUACUGACUUACUUUAAACAGAUGGUCAUUUUAAUGGGACAUCUUUAGCAUUAUAAACUAGGUAGAAAAAACAAGUCAUAUUCAGGCAACAGAUAAAACAAACUGAAAACCAUUUAGGUUCCUGAUCCUGACCCCUGAUCUGCCCUGCCUCUGGUUUUGAACUUUGGACUGGUUUUUGUUUUUUGUUUUUGCUCUGCCCUUCAUGAUUCUGUUUGCCGGCUCUCUAAAUCUUGGACUGUUUUUAGUUUUGGUUCUCUCCCUGCAUUGCCCUGUUCAUCCGUGUUAAGACCCUGGACUGUUUUUUGGACUUUGUUUUUGCCUUUGCCCCAUUAAAGCCUGUAUUUUCCUUA